AUGACUUCACCACCGAGCUCACCGUCUCAUUUGCAUGUUCGAAAGUUGAGCACGACGAAUGAGGAUGAAGCGAAAACGACUACGGCUUGCCCGCGAAAACCCGGUCGAAAGCUCGUCGCUCUCUCUGGCGAAGAAGAUAUUAUGAGUGGAGGACCACCACCUGUUCAACAACCUAAACGUUUUCGUAAUGGUCACGCUUCGUUCCGUCUUCGGAUGCUCCAAGAGCAACAUGGUCCGGCUGGAGGACCUCCUGCUGCACAGUCAGGUUCGGGAUUUGAGCCGGCGGAAAAGCAUAAGCUCAAACCUCAAUCUGUUCCUACAUCGCCAGCGGCUUCCGGACGAGGAGAAUCAACGUUAUCACCACUUGAUUCGGCACUCCAAGGACUAAGAAUGAAAAAGCCGUCUACGUCAAAAAGUUCAUCGCCACCUGGAACACCAGUUUCCAAAGACCAUCGAGACUCGUUUAGAGACUCUUUCAAAAAAACUCUAUUCCGCUCGUUCAGUACAAGUUCGGAUAAACGGAAACCAACAACUUCAGCAGCGGGAGACAUUGAACUAGGACACGGCAGCCAUGAGCACGCAGAGAAUCCGGCGAUUCGAGCAGUUCGACAGUUUAAAUCGGCGCAUGAAUCCUUCCGUCUCCGCAUGUUCCAGGAGCAGCACGGAUUUGAGCCGGUAGUUUUCAUGACCAAGAAGCGGACCCGUGACAACAAAUCGGUCAUGAGCGAGUUCAAGGGGGGCGAUUUGAACAAGUACACCGCGAAGACUUAUGCCAUUCAAAAUGGAAACGAGGUUUUUGGAGGUUAG